CGUUGCUUGUGAUGCCCCAAGUGAAACCAAAAUUACCUCCCGAGGGCCCGUCUCAGAUAAAAGAAUGGGAUUUAAAAUACCGCCUGCGAGACGGGAAUUGCUGACCAAUGGACGAACCGAUUCCGCCAAUUUUAUGUCAAUCAUUCAACGCCACUUGCGCAGAUUCGAAAUAGUCGGCCUUAAUCGAUCCCCUCAGGGGGGUCACCGUAUUGUCCGUACGUCGCGAGGAGGUCCAUAUAAAUGGCAAAUGCUUACUCGGGACGGUUCGAAUGACUACCGGGAGCCCCUAUCAAGGAGAGAGUCAUCCUUCCCAUUCCAUCUUUAUGAAGUUACGAAUGAUGUACCUAUGAACCUAUUCCGUACGAACAAGGGUCGUGCCCAAGAGGCAACACGGUGUCCCUUCCUACGCGGGACAUGUCAUAAGUACGUUGAAGAUCGAUUGCGUCGCCCCGACGUCGGAAACACCAUAUCGAGCAGGAGGGAGCGAUUUGAGGGGGAACCAGACGACUCGAAGGGGGAGGACUGGAGGAGAGAAUUUGCGGCGGUGGACCCGAUCAUUCGAUCUGUGACGUCCGAACGGGAAAGGCCUGAAACUAGGGGCUCUCCAAGUGGGGGGCGGUUAUCAGUGGGAGGUGCUUCCAUUCCAUUUCAUUCUCAUCCACCCUGGAAGGCGGUGGAAUGCAGUUGGAUUUCUUUCCAUGCGAUCGACUCGCCCGUCCGUUCAGAUAGAAAACCCAACAGGUGGCAAGAGCGCCAAUGUUCGGGGUCCCAACGCAUUUAGAAGACUCCUACUCCGUGCGACACAGGUACCUACCUAUCAGGUUGUCUCCGUACUACAUAAUACAUAAUAG